AUGCUCUUGUCAACAUCUAAAUUGACUUCUUCAAAACUUUAAAGAUCUCAGAUAUCGAGUCCUCAAAGAUCAACUGUCAACUAUCUAAGUCAGGACUUGGACUCCCCUUCUAGAUAAAGAAUAAAGCUUCUUUCAGACAAAUGGAAUCACAUCCAAAAUGGAAUUGAUAAGGAUAAAUUAGAAAAGAGGGAGGUGUUAGAGGAAAGAAUUAAAAUCAUUGAAGAUGUUUUAGCAUCAGAAAAACCAAAGGACGAAUAGAAGUUCAAAGUGCUUAAGGAUUCAGUAUUGAAGUUGUAAGAUUCUGCUCAUAACUAAAAGUCCGAAAGAGAGGCCUUUGAUGACAAGAAAGAAAGAGACUUUAGAACUUUAUCUGAUAAUAUAGCUCUUUCUUUUGAAUAGGAGAAGAAUGCAAGAAGUCAGGGAGAAACCAAGCUACAAAAAUAAAUUGAUGAGAGGUUUUCAUAGAUAACAUUGACAAUAACAAGGAACACACAUCAAUAUGAGGAUAGAAGUCAAGCUAAGAUAGCUGAAGUUCUUCAGUAGAUUUAGAUAGUGAAAAAUUAAUUGGAUUAAGAAAGGAGAUCAAGGGAAGAGUCCUCAGAAAGUUUGAGUGAUUAGAUGGAUAGUGAAAUCAAUAAGUUUUCAGACUAAUUGUUGGUUGAGAAAAAGGUGAGAGAAGAAACAUAAGGGAAAAUAUUCAGAAUGAUUGAAGAUGUCCAUGGGAAAUUGUAAUAGGACAUUUCAUUUGAAAGAAGAGAAAGAGAAGCCACGACUGAGGCAUUAUUGAAACUAUUAGAAGAUGCUUGCAUCAAAAUAGAUAAAAAUUUUAGAUAUUGAUAUGAUUAUAUCUAUGUCAUACGGUUUUAUUUGGCCACAUUUAUUUAUA